UAUGAUUUCUACUCGGACGCCAUUGACGAUUGAAGUAUUACGCUAUUGUGUUGUAUGUGUACCGAGUACGUAACUUUUUGUUAAUUGUAGUUUUGAGAGUUCCAAAUUUCUUAAAACCAUUCUUGUUUAGGAUAUAUUGUGAUAUUCGGGUUUCUGUUCUUUUGUGACCAUGUCUUCUAUGGAUAUUGAUCUGUAACUGUGCCUAAUUCGUGAAGUGUUUAUACUGUACGUUAUUGUGGGACAGCAAGUGAAGUGACGCGAUCUCCUUGUAUUAGGGCAAAACAAGCUAAAAAUACUUUGCUACCGUUCAGCAAUUUGGAAAUCUAUUUUUUCUUCUUAUUUGUGAUGUUCCCGCAUUCCAUCAGCGCGGAAGAAGAACAGAAGACGAAACUGAUUCCGAGUGUAAAUCUGCUACACUCAAAGAGAAAAGGAAUAUUCAUACACCCCUCGGCUAUGUACAGAAAUAGUGUUCCGUGCUACACUAUUAUACGUGCACCGCUUUUUACAAGUAAUUUGAGUGGGUAAACAAAGAACAACAAAGAUAGAGAAAAUGAAACUUCUAGAGAGUGGCCGCUUAGAGGCAUUGAGCAGAGCUCUCUCGAUCUUGAACGGCGACAGUGCCGUCCAGGGCCGUGUGGAAAGCUACAGCUGCAAGAUGGCCGGGGCUGAGAAAUCUUUCUACAAGCGAUUCACAGCUAUCGGAGAAACAACUCUUGAGGCAUUAUCACCACCAGAGAGUGUUAUGUACAGCCGCAGUUUGUCUGGCGAUGAGGAAGGGGUGCUUUGUGAUACUAUAUCUCGUAAAACACUGUUUUACUUGAUUGCUACAUUGAAUGCUGCUUUUCCAGAUUAUGAUUUUUCAAUGGCAAAGAGCAGUGAAUUCAGUGCGGAGCCAUCACUAAGCUGGGUGCAAGGCGCAGUGGACGCAUCUCUGUCAGCAGUGGGCGGGGCGCGCUGGCGCCAGCUCCGGCCGUCGUUGUGGACUGCAGUUGAUGAAGAGGUGGUGUUACCCGAGUGCCGCAUAUACAGCUACAACCCGGACCUUGCUAGCGACCCUUUUGGCGAGCCAGGCUGCCUGUGGGCCUUUAACUACUUCUUCUAUAACAGAAGGUUAAAACGGAUCGUGUUCUUCACUUGUAGAGCAAUGAGUCCAGUAUGUGCUGUUGAUUCAGGCGUCGACUUUGCCAUGGAUGAGGAUGAUGAAUACAACUAAUAACAAAAAGAUACUUCCAUCAUUAUCUUAAGAUGCAUUAUUGUAAUGCACACAAAAUUGUUAUGGAUGAAACUAUAUGAAUUUGUAUAGUUUUCCAAAAAUAUUGAUGUUCAAGCAACCAAUGUUAAGUAUGUAUUUUAUUUUAGCUUGCAUAAAUGGUACAGAAUAUAAGUGUCUGCAUAUUACUUGUCACAAAAACUUUAAUUAGCCAUGAACAGAAGCAUGAUCAGUUUUCUUCUAGGCAAUUAUGCAUUUCUUUUAAAGUAACUGCAUUUUAUACAUCUUUUCAUGUAAUUAAAGAUAGGGUUGGAUAUUCACGCAAAGAAAAUUUCAGUUAUGUAUCAGUUUCAAAUUGGAAGUCAUAUCAAUAGAUAAAUGAAGAUGUUACAGCAAUUGUAAAGAAGGCACACAACAUGUAUUUUUUUUUUGUACCGAGACGAUAGCUGUUAGGUCAGCUAAAUGGUAAAUUGCUUUUAUGUUUGCUUUUCAAAGUGAAUUGUAUGCCAAACCAAAAAGAAAUGUUUUUCAAUCCCAAAACAUUGUGUUCAUGCGUUGCGUUUAAGUACUCUGAUUUACAAAUUACUGUAUUAGGUAACUUGACUUUGAAUAGACUAAUAAAUUUGCUUAUCUGCUUACACUGAUCUGAAGAUGUGGGGGUAAUGUAGUUUCAGAAGAAAUGUCAAUCUUUUUGGAUCAAAGUGGUAUGGAGUGAGCAGAUAAUGUAAUACAUAUUGUGUAAAUUAUAAUAAUAAGGUUAUAUACCUGGUUUCGAUAAGUGUCGAGGAUGGAUAGUUUUUAUUAGGAGGUAGAGCUCACUGUAAUUAUUAUUAUUUAAUAUAAUUUCGUUUGUCAUUAUUACAAUUUAUUAUAAACUAACUCACGAAUACCUUAAUAUUUUUUUGUCACUGUUAUCUAAGAAAAUAGUCUAAGUAAACCUAGCCUAGCCCAGCCCUGGCUCUGCAUUGUUAUAUUUAAAAUUAUUGUAAACCUAGUUUCAUUAACAGUAAUGUACUAAAAACGAAUGGUAUAAAAUGUUAGUAGUUUUUGGGUUAUUUCCAAACAUACAUGCGUGGAAGGCUUUUGUUUUAUAAUAUAUUUUUUAAAUAGUAAAGAACAAUCGCCUUUUUGUUUAAUAAAUGCAAUAAACGAAAAUAAACUUUUGAGAUGCUGCAUUUGACUAGCUUGGAAGCUUAUUUAAACGAAAAAAGUAAAUAAAGCCACUACACCACUCCUUAUAUGUUUUGUUGGUACUAAGUGGCGGAAUACAGUAUGCAUAGAUUGAAAUUCUACCCUAAAGGCUCGAGCAGACCG